AUGGACAGGAAGAGGGUGGGCAUUGUUGGUGCUGGUGUGAGCGGCCUAGCAGCCUGCAAGCACGCACUCGACAAGGGGUUCAGCCCGGUGGUAUUCGAGGCCGAUGACACCAUCGGUGGAGUGUGGGCGCAUACCUUGCAGUCAACAAGGCUUCAGGCGCCGACGACAUCGUUCCGGUUCUCGGACUUGGCAUGGCCGGCCAGCGUGACGGCGACGUACCCAGGCCACCAUGAAGUCAUGGAAUACCUCAGGUUGUACGCGUGCGAGUUUGACCUCCUCAAGUGUAUCAAGUUCAGUAGCCAGGUGCUUGGAGUUGAAUACUUUGGUGCAACCGAGGAAGAGAUUAUGGAGUGGAAGCAUUGGUCUGGUGACGACGGGAAGGCGUUCAGAGCUGGGAAAGAUGGAGGGUGGAGCCUUAAAGUGAAGGACCUGAAAAUUGGUGCAGUUGAGGUUUUUCAGGUGGAUUUUCUCAUACUGUGCAUCGGAAGGCAUAGUGGAACCCCAAAUAUCCCAGAAUUUCCAGUGAGCAAAGGGCCUGAAUUCUUCAAGGGCAAAAUAUUGCACUCUAUGGACUACUCUUACAUGGAUAAUGCGGCUGAAUUUGUUAAAGGGAAGAGUGUGACAAUAAUUGGGUCCGGAAAAUCAGCAUUUGACAUUGCUGCAGAGGUUGCCAAAGUGAAUGGUGCAGCUCAGCCGUGCACCAUGAUAUACAGAACAAAACACUGGCGGGUUGACAAAUUUAGUAUGUGGGGAGUUAACCUUAAUUACUUCUAUCUUAACCGCAUCUCGCAAUUAUUCGUUCAUAAACCCGGUGAAGGAUUUCUCCACUAUAUGUUGGCUAGUGCACUCUCUCCCUUGAGAUGGGCAAUUACAAAAGUAAUUGAAACCUACCUCAAGCAAAGGAUUCCUUUACAAAAACAUGGGAUGGUACCUGACUACAGCUUCUCCUUUGCUAUGUCUUCUUGCUUGAUUGCAAUGCUGCCAAAAGGGUUUUAUGACAGGGUUGAUGAUGGCAGCAUUAUUCUUAAGAACUCAAAGAGGUUCAGCUUCUGCAGUGAUGGGAUCAACCUGGAGGAUGGAGAAGAAAGCAUAAAGAGUGGUAUUAUAAUUCUAGCAACAGGAUUCAGAGGAGACCAGAAGCUUAGGGACAUCUUCACAGCAAACUGGUGCAGAAAUAUAGUGGCAGGAUCAUCAGAUACAUCAGUUCCACUAUACAGAGAAUGCAUCCAUCCUCGAAUCCCUCAGUUGGCAAUAGUCGGAUAUUCUGAGAGCCUUACCGACAUAUAUGUCUCAGAGAGGGUGGCUAAUUGGGUAAUCCAUUUCCUGGCUGGUGGCUUCCAAAUGCCAAGCGUAAGACGCAUGGAAGAGAGUGUAGCAGAGUGGACAAAGUACAAGAAUCUUUACAAUGGAAAGUAUUUUCGACGAUCUUGCAUAAGCACAGUGAAUAUUUGGUUUAAUGAUUUGUUGUGCCAAGACAUCGGAUGCAACCCUAGAAGAAAGAAAGGAUUCCUUGCUGAAUGGUUCCAGCCAUAUGGACCUGCUGAUUAUGCAGGCCUUUGCUGA